CGCGUUCGCACGAGCACAAAACAUCGUUUUUUGUUGUUUUUGCUGUUUACAAACGCGCCAUUAGCAAAAAGAAAAGAAACGGAUUCUUCUGUUUCGUGAUUUAUUUUUUACAGUUAAAUCCAAAUCGUUACUAACAUUACGUGCCUAGUUAAAUCCUUGACCAUGUAUUUUUGUUGAGUGUUUGCCCGCACUGGAUUCCGUAUUUUGAGGUGUUUCAUUUUAACUGUCGCAUUUCAAUGGAUCAACUUUCGCUGCAGUUUCUAGCCAACAUUGAAAGCAGCGCCCCUUCAAACAGCACAAUUUUCAAAGCCGGUAACAUCGAGAACGAACUGCCGCUGAUCAUGCAAGCGUUGGAGCAGAAUCUCAGCCUGAAGGAGGAGCAGCUGACCGAUUGUCAUGACUCGGUGGACGAAGAUUCCGACGACGAGGACGAGGAAACUCCCGGCUGUAGCAGCGCGCCGAGUACGCCGAACCGUGUCCAACGGAGACGGUCACAGCGCACCAAGUCGCUGGACAGCAAGCUGCACAAGAUCAAGCGGCGAACGAUCACGAAGCCGGCCAAACUGCAAAUCAAUCUCAACGCGUCGGAGAACGAAAUCCGGAACUACUACAUGAUCAACAGCAAGCGUGUGGACAUGAAGCCGACCAACCUGGAGACGAUCUUCGAGGAGGGCUCGCCGGCGGUGGCCAAGUCCAAGUUCUUCGGCGGGCGCAAGGUCCGACGCAGCCUCAACUGUUCCGAUGGGUUCAACGUGAACAAAACAACCACCAAGGCGCGCAAGAACCGCGUCCGGAAGAUGCUCGGUGGCGUUCCGAAGCUGCAAAAGAUGACCAUGGACAGUUUCCUGGAGCGGCUCAAGUCCAUGCAGAACGACAGCGACGAGGACACGGCCGCCGAAUCGCCCCCGGAUUCGCUCCUCCUCGUCGAUCCCAAGCUAAAUCAUACGGUGUGAUUGAUCAGCUGCUACCUACAAAACACACACACACACAUUUUCUCUGUAGUUUUUAGUUUACUUUUUUUUGUAUGAAUGAGAGAGAGAGAGAAAUAGAGUAAAAAACAUUCGAGCGAGCCGAUCUCGCCGCUUGUCGACUGAAGAAACCACGCGUUUGCGGAAGAUCCCGGGGGAAACGAGAAUAACCGCACUCGGAACGAUUUUUGUUGUGCGGUAUUAUAUACUAUUCAAUAAACUUUUAAAAGUACACCACGAA